CUUCAACGCCUCUGUCUCAAGCCCCUAUGCAACCAUCCCGUCUCCAACUCUAACCCUAACCCUAACACUAACCCUAAUCCCCAAAUAAAUCGAACCCAAUUCCCGUAAACCCUAAUCCAAUUUGGUCUCCAGUACCUUCUGUUCUCCGGGAAGCCAAGACGACGACGACGAUGGCGUCCACCGCCGAAGACGACGAGCGCGACGCCGCCGUCUACGACGAAGAUGACGACGACGACUCUGACGAUGGCGUCGACUCCGACGAGGAGUACGACGACGACGUCGUCGCCGACGGCCACUUGGCGGCGCCGCCUGCCCCUCCGCCCCCCGCCGCUGCCGCAGACCAGCAAAUACUCCGUUCCUCCUCCUCCUCCUCCGUCCCCAAUCCUAACCGAAAUCCUUCCGCCUCCUUUCCCAACCCCCAGAACGGCGCCGGCGGCGGGGCCUGGGGCGUCGCCUUCGUGGCCUCUCCCGACGGAAAGCGCCAGAGGAUCUCCCCUCCGGGGGAGGAGAGGAAGCCCCCGGCGGUGGCGUACGACGAGUCGCGGCGCAUAUUCCAGAAGCUAUGGACGGAUGCGGACGAGAUCACGAUUCUGCAAGGGUUCUUGGAGUUCACGUCGCAGCGAGGGACGACGCACGCCAACUACCAGCACGACACGGGGCCCUUCUACGACCAGAUCAAGAGCCGCCUUCAGCUGGAAUUCAACAAGAACCAGCUGGUCGAGAAGCUCCGCCGCCUGAAGAAGAAGUACCGCAACAUGGUAAGCCGGAUCGCGGCCGGGAAGGAGUUUGUCUUCAAGAGCCCCCACGACAAGGCUACCUUCGAGAUCGCCAGCAAGAUCUGGAGCCCCAGCUUCAAGAAGACCCGCAACCGGGACUCCUGCAAUGCGCCCAACCUCCAGCUUCAAGAAAGAAGCAAUCUUGUCCCCGUCCAGGUCGCCGAGGACGUCGCGCUGAGCUCCGAUCAGAUGAUGUCGAUGUCUCGGAGAAAGAGAUCGGAUGGAGAGGUGGCGCGGGAGAUGGAGGUGGCCGUGGCUACUCCGGUGGUCUUUGUCCCCGUGGUACAGCAGACGCCAUGCGCAUCCGCUCCGAUCCAAAUGCCAGUCUUAUCGAGCAGACAGAGCGGCGCUGAAUCCUCUUCUGCUGAGCAGUGCGGGCGGCUCAGGGCAGUGCAGGUGGACGAGAAGUGGAGAGAGCAGCAGAUUCUGGAGCUGGAGGUGUACUUGAAGCGGGUGGAGCUUGUUCAUGAGCAGGUAAAAUCGAAACUUGAGGAGCUUAGGUCGAUGGGGAGCAGCUGAUCAGCGGUUUUCUUCACAGAAAAAAAAAGAAAAGAAAAAAACUUGAUGCUUAAGCUGUCAUACUUUUACUAAUUUAUGGUAGCAUGUUAGAUCUUCUUUGUUUUGUUGAAAGGUAUAGAGAACAUUUGAAACAAUGCUGCUUUUCUUUUUCUUUUUCCUAUUUUUCUUUUUUCUUUUUCUUUUCAUCCUUUGUUUAUAAAAUCCUCUCCUUUCUGUGAGUUUUCUUUGAGUUCAGUUUCUUUGGUUGCUGUGGUCCAAAACUUUCAUAAACAAUGAACUGGAGGAAUCCUGGAAAGAGAA